AUGGAGAAUCACCAGCACAUAGACUUUGACGGCACCCUCUACGGCGUGGACGGCAGCUUCGACGCAACCUUCGACCCCAACCGCCAGCAGUAUACCUCGUACCAGACCUGGCCGCUGCCCGCCUCGUCGCCCGGCGCAAUGCCGCAACAACACCCACACCAGCAGCAUAACCAGAACCAGCAACACCAGCACCGCCGCGUGCAGUCCGUGGCCGCGACAUCUGCCCAGUACAAUCCCAUGCCAGCCUCGACCACCGCCAUCGCGCCGCUCCAGGCUGCCGGCCUCGGCUUCCCGGCCGCCAUGCAGCCCAUGAACCCUAUGCUGGCGACCUGGAUGAACAUCAACACCGAUGGCUUUGUCCAGGACCCCUACAUGACCCCAGGCGCCAUGGCCAUGGCCAACAGCUUCGACUCGACCUUCGGCGCGCAGCUCCAGACCUCGCCGGUUGACUUCGCUCUCAACCCUGCCCAUAUGAUGUCCACAAUGUCGAUGCCCUUUGACAUGAUGACGACGACGACCAUGGACAUGCCGCCUAUGAAUGCGCACUUCAGCAUGGGUGACUUCACACAAGAGUUCAACAAUAUCAAUCCGCAAGAAUUCACCCACUCCAACGUCAGCAUUGGCAGCGGGUCGCCAGGCGAGCAAUGGAUGGAGGUGCGCUCACUGUCCAGCAGUGACGCCGGCUGGGUCGACGUUGGUGCACACAACCACCGCCAUUCGUACGACUUCUCCGACUCCUCUGCCAUCGUCUUCAACCCCGCGCAGUCGCUUCAUAUCCGCACUUCCUCGGACUCGACGAACUCCAACCAAAGCGACGUGCCCCGCUCUGCCGGCUCUCUUGGUAGCUUUGAGGAGAUUAACUUCCCCAUGCACUCGCCCGGAUCCGAGAAUAACCUGUCACUGGUUCACUCGCAUACGCACUCUGAUGACUGCAAUCACGGCCAUGGACUGCCCCUGGACCACGGCUACGAAAACUACAUCUCGCCUAAUCAGUCCGUCAGCCCGCCCAUGACACGUAUCGAGCCUGUCGUCAUCAAGCAGUCGGCGAGCAGUUCGGCCUCACCAACCUCCUCCGCCGUCAGCUCACCACCUCAAGCUGUCCGCCGGAGAAAGUCGCCCGCUGGCCCCAUCAACGCUGGCGCAAAGCCCACGAAAACCAUUGUCAAGAAGACCCCAGCACACACAACGAAGAAGGACACGACCGGCGAGAAGCGCGUCGGCCGAAGACGCGGUCCCUUGAGGCCAGAUCAGCGCCAACAAGCGCACGAGAUCCGCAAGCUCCGCGCUUGCUUGAGAUGCAAGUUCUUGAAGAAGACCUGUGACAAGGGCGAUCCGUGCGCAGGCUGCCAGCCAUCCCACGCGCGUCUUUGGCAGGUACCGUGCACGCGCAUUGACAUCAAGGACAUUGCGUUCUUCAUGAAGGACUGGAAGGCUGACUACGAACGUCACGUCAGUCUUGGCUUCUCUAUUGGCAACAUCAAGGGCUUCUCGCCCCACGAACGUCCUAUCUAUGUCACCCACGGCUAUGGUCACUAUCUGCCCAUUAUGGCCCGUGAGGUUUACGUUCGUGAUGAGAAGUGCUUCGGCGUUGACUGGCACGAAACCCUUAGCGGCUCGCACUUCGAAAUCAACACUGCCAAGCUCUCCGCCGGUAUGGAAGGUGUCUCGCGGGCCAUGCUUAGCGAUUACCUCGACCGUCACAUCGAUGGUGGUUUCGAGAACUUUGUUGAUGAGUACUUCGAGGGCACGUACUUUGUCACCGAGCUGUUGAAGACGGCCUACCGCUACUACACUCGCGAGAAGCUGCCCGUCAUCCGUAAGGCUCUCAAGCUUGUCAUCGCCUACAACCUGACUCUUCACGUCACUAUGGUCGAGGGCCUUGGUGACGAGGAGACUCCUGGUAAGGUUGAGGACACAUCAUCAAAAUUCUGCGGCACCACCAUCGCACCUGUUAUGAUCAACUUCCAGGUCAAGUGUGCGCUCGCUGAUAUGUGGCGUGAGCUGCAGAAGGAUGUUCUUGAGGAGCUUUCUUCGCUCUACCAGUCUGUCUACUCCGGAGACAAGCUCAAGAACUGGCCUACCAUCUUUAUGUUGGCGGCUAUUCUUCUUGCUGUCUGGGAGCUGAUCCAGUUCGACUGCAGCUACCGGGUUCCUGAUCAGGCUGCCGUCAACAAGUUCUGCGGCGACAUGGAAGGCACACCAGUUGGUGUCAUCGUCGGUCUCUUCUCCGCCAUCUCACAGAAGCUCCCCUCCUUCCAGGAAUGGGACACCAGGAAGCACCACCACCUGUUGGCCAGCAAUCCAGCGGUGUGCGAUGCCAUGACUGAUGUGCGCGCUCACGUCACCAAAUACGAUUCGUACCUGCGCUCGAGGUCAGAUUGCAAGUUCGAUCGCGAGGACUUCGACUCCCUCUCGAACAAGUUCUUGUCCAAGCUUGUCAUUCGUGCCAACUAA